AUGACUAGCUCCGACACUGUGAUUGGACAGUAUGUGCUUCGACUUGUGGAGAUUUGGAAAGGUGUCUGCGGCAUACGUACAGGAGAUGGCAGUCAGUUCAAAAUCCAAAGUCAACUUUUAUUAGUAGGACUAUGGACCGAUACGGUGAAUAAGGGUAAAGGUCUGAAAUGUUACAGUAAACUUGAAGUGAUGUUGUUUGAAUAA